CGGAUUUUCAUCGUCCCCUGAGACGGUUGUCGUCGGUCGUCGGUCGUCGUUGUGUUCCCGUUUGUUGGAUUGGAUGUGUGCCACGCGCGCGGUUUUCCACAUUUUCAAUUUUCCUCGGUGCUGGGAAGGGCUCUCGACAACAACUGUUAGUGAGAAGUGUGCACAGUGCAAGGAUUAAGCCAUAUUCGGUGUGAAAUUUCGGAAUUUACCGAAAUUCGGACUUUGAGAGUGAUUACCAGUUUCGAGGGGUUUAAAAAUCCCAACAUGAAUUGAAGAUUCUUUGUGAAAAGGAAGAACCUUUACGUCGUCUGACGACGACUCUUGAUUAGUGUAAGAAGAAAUUUUUGAGUGCACGAGAGUUGAUACCGCCAAACCAGAAUUCAGAAAACCUCUGACCGCAGUUGUGGUCAACCAUGGAAGUGCUUUGAGAAGAAACCAGUGUGCCCGCAACCAUUGAAAGGUUCGUCGGUUGGGAAAGUGAAAUUGUAGUUAUCCAAUCUCGAGGGAAUUGCCCCGCGAAGUGCUUACAGUGUGGGGUGUUGGUAAAAAAUUUGAAGUGUGUCUAGUACUUGCUCAGGUCGCAAUAUGAGUCGCAAUCGUACCAAAGGAGGUACAGCCGGGGGUUCCUCUAGCAAGAAGCAGCACGAAAGUGGCUUCUACGAGGAGUUCUCCUCGUCGUCUUCUUCGACUUCCUACGGUUUGGCAGCAAAAGAUUCGAAAAGCUCGUCCGGAAGUGCUAAAAACCAGACAUCGUCAUUGUCCUCUUCUCGGCACUAUCACCACCACCACCAUCAGCAGCAGCAGCAGGCGCGUCCGCCAAAAACGGAUUACAUGGCGUUCUACAACAAGUACUAUCAACAGCAAUCGGAAUCGAAGCGCAAGGGCGCUUGCAAUUCGAUCGAGCCACCCGAUCUGAUCAAUCAGAUUGUGGCCGAAGCCCAGAAGAAACACCUGCAGCAGCAGGAACAGCACGCGCUUGUUAGUAGCAGUAGCAGUAGCGGUGGGGGCGGCAGCAGCAAUUACCACCAAGUGCGCGAAGCACCCGUCAUCAUCGAUUCGGAAGAUUCGGAUAACGGUGCUGCUAGUGGAAACGAAAGUGGCAGUGAUGGGGAAGUGCACACGAGCCGAUUGCAUCAACAGCACCAUCACAACCACCGCCAUCAACAGCCGCAGCAACAUCAUCAUCAGAAACACGUUGUGGUAGAGGAAGACGAAGAGGAAGAGGAAGACGAUGACGAGGAGAUGGAAGAGGAUGAACCAGCACAGCAACAGCAGAAACAGCAGCAGCAGGAUGCGCUCAAGAAGCGAAACGAAAAGAGCAGCAGCAGCGUUAUCUACAACGGCACGAUCAUUGAUAAGGAGGGGCUUGAGAUGAUCAAGAGCUCCACCAUCAACACCAAAGUUAAACUCUGCGAGGAAGAUAAAGUCAGUAUGGAUGACUUUAAGCUUCUAAAAGUGCUGGGCACUGGCGCGUACGGAAAGGUGUUCCUGGUGCGGAAAAUGGGUGGUGUAGACCACAACAAGCUGUACGCCAUGAAGGUCCUGAAAAAGGCCACCAUCUGCCAGAAAAAGAAAACAGCCGAGCACACCCGAACCGAGCGACAGGUGCUAGAAUCAAUCAAACGAUCACCUUUCCUCGUGACGAUGCACUACGCCUUCCAAACGGACUCGAAGCUUCACCUCAUCCUGGACUAUGUGAGUGGCGGAGAGCUGUUCACCCAUCUCUACAACAAGGAACACUUCACCGAGGACGAGGUGCGGAUCUACAUCGCUGAGAUCAUCGUUGCUCUUGAACAACUGCAUAAAUUGGGCAUCAUCUACCGCGACAUCAAGCUGGAAAACAUCCUGAUCGACUCUGAGGGGCACAUCGUACUGACGGACUUCGGUCUCUCGCGGGAGCUGGUGUACGAAAAUGAACGGGCGCACAGUUUUUGCGGCACAAUCGAGUACAUGGCACCGGAAAUCGUGAAAUCCAACCAAAACGGCCACGACGCAUCCGUUGACUGGUGGUCGGUGGGAGUGCUCACGUUCGAACUCCUCACCGGAAGUUCCCCGUUCAGCUCCGAAGAACCGGCCACGCAGACGGAAAUCUCCAAGAAAAUCACCAACACCGAAGCGGUCAUUCCGGAUCAUCUUUCCCGGGAGGCGAAAGAUUUCAUCCGGAAGCUGCUGGUCAAGGAUCCCCGGCGGCGGUUGGGCGGUGGAUCGGCCGAUGCUUCCGAGCUGAAGUCGCAUGAUUUCUUUCGGUCCAUCAACUGGCGCCAGCUGGCGGAGAAGAAGAUAUCGGCUCCCUUCCGGCCGGUCAUCGAGGACGAGCUGGACACCAACAAUUUUAGCGACGAGUUUACCCGGCAAACACCGGUCGAUUCGCCCGCCUCGGCGCCACCCAACUCUGAACGGUUGUUUAGAGGUUAUUCGUACGUUUCGCCUAGUUUACUAUCGAGUAAAGUCGUCGAUAGAAACAAGUACAUGAAAAAUAAAAAUGUUCGACCUAGUGAGACUUCGAUACGAAGAUUCAUCAGUAAGAGCUCCCCAUUCUACAAGCGGUACGAACUAUCCCCGGACCAUGCCAUCGGCGAUGGUUUGUUUUCCACCUGCCUCAAGUGCCGCCGUCUGUCUUCGUCAUCUUCCUCCAAUCAUAGCAGUAGUAGGAACAGCACCAGUAAUACUAGUAGUAGCAAGUACUACGCCGUAAAGGUGAUGUUCAACCAUCCGGAACCGGCCGAGUAUGCUCGGCGUGAGGUUGAGGCACUGAAGGAGUGCCAAGGACACCCGAACGUUGUGCGCUUUGUGGAGGUUCUCAAGGAUUCGCAUCACAUCUACAUCGUACUAGAGCUGCUGGGUGGAGGGGAGUUACUUCACCGAAUAAACAAAAGCAGCAGUUUUACCGACAGUCAAGCCCGGCACUAUUUCCGGCAAAUGGUGCAGGCUGUGGCUUUCAUGCAUCAGAAAGGCAUGGCACAUUGCGAUCUCAAGCCGGAGAAUGUGCUGUUCGAGGGACCAGGGUCGGAGCAUUUGAAGCUGAUAGAUUUCAGCUUUGCCAAAAGUAUAGAGAAUAAUAAUUGUCUGGAGCGGUCGCCUAUCGCUGGAACGUUGGGCUACGCCGCUCCGGAAGUGUUCGAGGGACGAUCGUACGCGCUGGAAUCGAGUGAUUUGUGGUCUUUAGGAGUGAUACUGUACACAAUGCUGUGCGGUCAAGCUCCGUUCACGCCACGACAAUUUUUCGGUCACACAAAUUUGGCCUCGUCGGCCAAACAGAUGGAAAUCAUCAUGGACAAGAUUCGGCGCGGGUCGUUCGACUUGGCCGCGUCGGCGUGGGAUUGUGUCAGCGAAGAGGCCAAAGACUUAGUACGCCGUCUGUUGACGGUGGAUCCGGAUCGACGGAUAACCAUGGAGCAACUGCUAGUGCACGAAUGGCUGGAUCUGAACCGAACAGCAGGUGUUCGGAGACAGCUGAAAACGAUCUACCCACAGCAGAGCCUAAGGCAAUUGGAAACCAAUGUGAAGAACACCUACGACGCAUUUAAACGGGCGGAAGAGGAAGGUUUCCGGUUACGGGAGGUCAGCCGGACGACGGCGAACCAGAGGCGAACUACCAAUGGGGCCAAAUCUAAGAAAUCAACUGAAAGCCAGUAUAGCAGCUCGAUGGAGGAGAGCACCUCUAGCGGAAUUGGACGAAGCAAAUCCAGCAAGAGCAGUUCCAUGUCGGAUAAUAACGGACCCGAGACGGAACACCGAACGAUAAGUGUUUCGACGAACAACUCCGAGGUGGUGCUCGUUGACGACGAAGUCGAAAGCGACCGUGAGGAGCCUACGGUAAUGGAGGAAAAGACACAAGAGAAGCAAAAGACGGCAUCUAGUGAAAGCAAUAACAACAAUGACCUUAAAGAAUCGGAGCCCGAGAGUGCAGUGGAGGAAGACCUCGAAGACGCAGAACAGGAGAUUGAUGACCUGUUGGCGGAUCUGGAUGAGAUCGUUGAGGAGCACAAAGCGGAGAUGCUGCAACAAAGAGAAGAAGAAGAGCACCAGCAGCCCAAGGAGCCAGUCGAGGUCGAGGAUGAACCGGAAAAACAAGUACGGAGAAGAAGCGAUUCGUGUGAAAGUGACGCCAGCGGUACGACCGUUCCAUUAGAUCUGGUAGGCGGAAUCAAAGAACAACAUACGCAGCCACCUCAGAUCACUGUGCAAGAAGAAGUAGAAGAACAGUCGGAAGCGGAAGAGGUCAAUGAGGAAGACGAAAAAGAGGAAGAAGCACUCGAAUCUGCCGUUCUCGUACAAGAAGCAUCGGAACCCGAUCUAGAAUCGAUCUCGACCGAAUCGCUAAUGUUCGCCGGGAUGCGUGCUUCGAUCGACGUCGAAGAGCGGGAAUUCGGUUACAUGUCCGGCGAUGCCGAGCCCAUCUUCUACGGGUUUGACGAAACGAUGGAACUCGCAGGCCGGCCGUUCAUCCUCACGUUCAGUAUCGAAUCGGUGCCGGUGCUGUGCAGCAAACCCAAACGCAAACGGCGCAUGGAAGUGGACCUCAGCUGCCGUCGGUCCAAGCGGACAAAGUCGACCGUAAAUUAUGUGUAUUAAAACAAAAUUAGCCAAGUUUUAGAUCGUUUUUGUUGAAUAUUUUGCUUUAUUUUUCUAUAAAAAAAAUGAUACAUGAAUCUUCUGCGGAGACAUCUA